CGACACGCUGGGUUGGAAAUCAGUGUGCUCCUUCUGCUACUGCUGUUACUUCGGUGCUGACAACAGUGACGACAAUGCGUGUCCUGGCCGUGCUGUGUGUGCUAGUGCUGAUGGCCGUCGCCGUGAUGGCUGGUGGCGGAUACGGUGGCUUUGGCGGCGGCGGAGGCUUCAGGGGCGGGUCCGGCGGCGGCGGCCGAGGCUUCGGCGGCGGCGGCUUUGGCGGUAAGGGCUUCGGCGGCAGCGGAUUCAGCAGCUUGGGAGGCAGCAAGGGCUUCGGCGGCGGUGGCUCCAGCGGCGGUGGAUUCGGUGGCUCCGGUGGAUUCGGUGGCUCCGGUGGAUUCGGUGGCUCCAGUGGAUUCGAUGAUGGCGGAUUCGGUGGUGGCGGAUCCGGUGGUGGCGGAUUCGGUGGCAAGGGCGGCUACUACGGCUGAGGCGACACACCCGACACGCCCACGGCCCAGCGCUGCCCUGCUGGUGACGACGGAGGCGGAGGCGGCGCCAAAGUAAAUGUAUAUGGAAUUGAAUUAGACGAGGAAUAAAACCACCUAAAUUUG